CUCCACGCAACAACCACCAUAUCAAAGAAUGUAACCUGCCCGCUCUCCACUUCCCAGCCGCGCUUCCACAAUAUCCUUGCCAUGUCCGCAGAAGAUACCAUCAUGGCCGAAGCGCCUCGCAGCGCACAGGAGCAGCAGCAGCCGAACACAAAACCUCGCAGCAGAAAAGGUCACGAGAUCAGCACCUGCACCAUCGCCGCGCCUCCCUUCUCCUACGCCUGUCUAGAGCUGGUCCCGGAGGGAACGGCGGAUAGCAGCAUCGAUGCCCUUACGGUGCGCACGUAUAUGACGGCGGCGCUGACGCAGUUCCUGGGCCUCGCGGGCGCGGCUAUCGCGGUCGAUAUCUUGAAGGUGGAGGGGAGGGAGUGCUGGGUUAGAAUGCCGAGGGAGGACCUAAGCCCUUUUAUAGCGGCGCUUGGGGGAUGGGUAGGGGGGAGUAGAACGGAGGGGAGGAUGGGCUGGAGAGUUAAGGCUAGUGGGAAUUGGUUGAGCGUGCUCGUCACUGAGAGGGGGGUGGGAAAGGUGUGGGACGAAUGAAGAUCACCAAAUCGGUCGAGAUACAACGGCUGAGCUCAGCUCAUUCUAUUCCGAGAUCAUGAGGGAUGCCGGAGCAUACCGCUAUGCGACGUCUACUAUACAGUGUCCAUGUCGUUCGCAAGAUGCAUCUUGCCCGUCCCAGUUGUACCAAACGCCCGCUUCAUUUCUAUGCACGAUAUUCCCACCGAGAGAUGCACAAAAUGCAAACAACAUAUCGUCAUAUACCCCAAGAAGGUGAUCCCGAUCAUGUCAUACCCAUAAGAGAGCUUUGAGCGUAUGCCUUCACAGAG